AAUCAGAAUUGUGUUUACAUUUCAAGGUAAUGGUGGAGUAGAACCGACGAUUUUCAGAUGAAAAUGAAAAGAGCAAACCCUUUUCCCGAAUGACAGAUUGUCAGCUUUUUUGUCGUGGCAUUAAGUUCCAUUGAAGGCUUCGACAUUUAUAAUCAUGAGACCGGGAACAACUCCACACACAGUUUCCCCCCUUAAACCAUUCACUGGAACCACGACUUCAGCAACAUAUAAUCAAAAUGAUGUUGCUACUGCUGGGGUUUCUAAAGAUGGAGCAGUGUGUUGGCUUGUCAGAGAAGCAGUUUUAGAGGUUAUGGAUACCAGAACAAGCCAGUGUGUGGCAUCAUGGAAAUUUGGAGAAAUCAUUUGUGAUUCAAAUGCAUAUAUUACAUGCGUAAAGGAGUAUCAAUAUGGAAGCAAUCGACGACUAUUGGUUGGAGUUUGCUAUUCAUCAUCAAGCGGACUUCUAUGCGUUCUUGAUCUCCAUUUAUCAAAAAUCACCAAGACUAUAGAAAUUCCACAAAAGAUUUCCUCUGUGGACCCAAUUACAAACACUGGAGGAGACGAUGUUCCUGUCUGGGCUCUGUCUGCACAUCUACGUCAUUUCUACGGCAUAGUCGCUGUGGGCACAAAUGGUGGCAUUGUGUAUCUUAUAGACAUGUGCCUAGAUGAUGAGAUAGAGACAGAUGAGAUCAAACCAAACAAGCUCCAGUUGUUAUCUCCACGGUCCCGGGACACGGAGCACAGGAGGGUACAGGCCAUGUCCAGGUCCCAGCACCUCGCCAUGGUCCUAGACGAGGAAGCACAAGGAAAUGGCUACAAGUACAGAAAAUGUGAUGGAACUGUUGUGAAGACAUUUGACGCUGUUCAUGUCAGUUGUUUGCAGUAUAUUCAACAAAUUGGCAGCCUCUUUGUGGGCUUUAGUUUUGGCUGUUACCAAAUAUGGAGACUUCAUGCACCAGUUCUAGAAUACAGCAGUAGAUUGGAUGGAGAAAUGAUUCCCAUCACCCACAUUGCAUAUCAGGAGCCAGAAAAUGAUCCCAAGAACUUCAGCUAUAUUUGGAUAACUAGAAGCACUGGCGACCAUCAAGAUGACAGUUUGUCCAUUAUUUCUCUGUACCAGUUAGCUUACAACAAGAAGACUAUGUACAGCAACUAUGGAGCCUUUUAUGAGGAUCUGACUUCAGUAAGCCUGAGAUUUGACCUUGAAUUGGUGGCAUCACCUUUGAACCCAAGUCUAAAGCCAACUGUCUCUAGUCGUAUAAUCUCCUGUUACACCCUCCAAGAUCCUUGCUACAAGCCUCCUGCGAAACUGGAUGAAGAGGAAUCAUUCGAAGAAAUGUUACACGGUCCAGACUUGAGUUUAUGUGUGUUUGUUUGGGAAUGCUCGGAUGGAUCUAAACAGACUUCUCACAUGGGGAUAUUUGACAUGAAUAGAUGGUACCAUGCUCAGAUGCCUACCACUGUCAGGGCUUCUACUGGACCCAUGGACACUUGUUCCUACUUUUCCUUCCUUAGUUUGGAUGAGAUAGCAGAGCACUCGGACCAAGGAUCAGUUCUGACUGUGUAUAUGUCUGUCGAUAAGCUGAAUAGGUUCACAAACACAUCUCUCAUGCCACCAGAGCAACACUUCUAUCCUGCUGCGCUGGCAUUUAACACCUUGUGUGUGGUUGAUGAGGGAGUCCUGAGAGCUCAGUAUCUAGGCACCCAGAGACAGGUUAUGGCUACUAUGCAAAAGAUGGGGCCCUCUGUGCUGCUGAAUCCUAAGGAACUGUACAAUCUGUGUAUUGUGAUCGGACUAUUACCCAGGCCACUAGACACAGCAGCCAGUAACCCUUCCCCUGCACAAAUGAAGGAGUCUCUGUUGACAAUGGCCCUCAAUUACCACAUGCUGUCAUUCAUCAUCAAGUGUGUCCAGGAAUGGGCUCUAGGGGAAUUUGUUCACGUUGGCUGUUCACUCAAGUUCCUGUUGGAUUGGGUUUGGAGUCGAGUCGCUGAGAUCAAGAAUAACAUUGACAACUCCUGUGUGACUUUGUAUGACUGGUCAGGAAUUCCCCUGGACAGACGGGCUUUGCAGACCCUCUACCAGUCCAACCAAAGACUUGGAAGCAUCUUGGCUAUUAUCAAGGCACUGAUCAGUCAGUCAGCACCCACAACUGAAGAGGGUCUAGGUGACCUACAGGAUAAAUUGUCUGUGGUGACCUACAUACAGCAACAUCUACAGAUGGUCAUCUGGUUUCAUAAGAUGGGCUUCCUUCCAGAGGGAGAUGAAUUAGAGGAGGAAGAUGAGAAGCAGUACAAGUAUCCAGCAGAAAUGCUGAUCCAGUCCUACUCUCAGAAAAGACAGGAAAUACAGAAACUGGACAGCUCUGUCAACUCCACAGACAUUCUGAUGAUAGAUGGAAUGGUAGAGGUGAUGGGACAGAAGGUUGGCGACCUCUGGCACGCCGAGGGAGGGAGUGGCCUGUACCCGCCCUGUAGCCUACACGCUUUACUGAGCAUAUAUCUGUUGGAUGACAUUUCCCUAAUUGACAAGCACUCUGUGGUCCUGUACGCUCUUCUAGACAUGGUGUCCCUCGCAGAUCCAAGUACCCAUGAUAAGUUGGUUUUAAAAGUUCAGAAAUUUUCCAAAAAAUUUGGAAUUCCAUACACAGUGGUCAAACAGGUGCAGGGGUUUUGGCUUAUGGAUCAUAAAGAUUUUGAGGAAUCAAUGUCUCAGAUCUUGGAUCCUUUUGUGAUCUUAGAUUUUGGAAGAUGGCAGCAUCAGCGCAUUGUUAAAUCCUUAUUGUAUCAGGGAGAGAGUAAGAUGGCUGUGCGCUAUCUCAGCAUUGUACAGCCCGCUCUGUCCACCCCUGAGGAAGUCAAGCUGAAGCUAACAGUGCUCCUGGCAAAUGGGAUGACAGCUGAAGCAUUGGAAUACCAGAGAUCCUGUCAAGACCAAACAAAUGCCCAAGAUCUACUACAGCACAUUUUUGAGGCUUGUAAACAGACACGGACGGUGGACCAGCUGCUCCAGCUGCCGAUGACGGGUGGAGAGGAGGAGACCCUGGUACAGUUCCUGACCAGCAGCACUGACCAGUACUGUCAGGAGGUGCUCAUCCUCCACUACCUCCAGAGAGCCUGCUACGUGGAGGCCAUCAGGCUCAAUGAGAAACUCAAGCAAACUGUCAUGACUGAUGCAAGUGCCAAGGCCAGAGAAAGAGCAACUGCAAGGAACGCUAUUGUGGAUGGCUUCAUGUCGGUUUUAACAAAUGUUCAGAAGAAACUGGUCUGGGAAAGUUAUCACUGUCAAAAAAAGCCAUCCGUAUUCAGGAAGGAAGUGAAGAGGCCCCAGCCACUGUCCACAAAGGUCACAACCCGAAACUACAACAUGCAGUCCCGCUCCUCUCUGUACGCUGAUGUAAUGAAUCACGUGGAAGAAAUGGAGGUAGAGGAGAAUCUGGACACCCCUGAUGGGACUCCUGAGAUUAUCUCCAGAAAGGCUUUCCUUGGAACUCUUGUGACACCAAAAAUUAAUGACACACUAAACACACAGCCUGUUGUAUACCCUGAUAUCAAUGCACCUACGUGGCAGAAUACUAGUCUUGGUUUAAAUGCAAGCUCUUUGACUCCAAUCAGGUCAAAAUUAAAGGUUCAAGGUGCCUCUGCAUUACGACUGUUGCAAACUCCCAAAGUAGAGCGAAAAACUCCACGUAAAUCCACUCGCUCAGUAUCUACAGCUCCCACCCCUCAGUCCAUCCUAAAGGUCCGGAACCUUAUUAACAGUGCCACCAAGUUUGACUCCCCAGAUACCAGCAGCAAAGACAUUUCUAUCAAUGAGCCUUGUUCAGAUCUAAAGCUGAGCUUCAGUCAAGAAUCCAUGGCUGGCUCUCUUUCCGUUGGUAAGCCAGCCUCUACUAAAGUCACUCAUCUAGCAAAUGCCAACUCUGGUCAAGGGACUCCAAAGAAGCUUAGGUUUGCCAUGGAGGAUGAUGAGGAUUUAGAGCCAGUGAAAACACAGAGAGAACCUCUUGUUUUAUCUGCCAAGAAGUUACGGUUUCCAGACAGAGAUUCCAAAGCAGGCCCCUCCAAGACUCUAGGGUCACCUACCAGUCCCAAGUCAGCCAUGGCCAGAACUCCUAUCAGACCUGUAAAAGACCGCAGCCCCACCCCUGAGAGCAUUUCCAUGUCUCCUAAGAACCGAUCCAAACUUGACAAAUUGAAUCGUUCUCCAAGAGCAAGUAUAUCAGAGGAAGAAGAAAAUGUCAAGAAUAAGCCACAAGAAGACAUUGAAAUGGAAGAUGGGUCAUUUUUCUCCCCAUCUGUGCCAUACCCUGGAGAAAUCAGUGCAAUUAAUCCAAUGACAAAAGAGCCAGAAGUUGCUUCAAACCCAAAAGAGAUGUCUCCUACUUUAGUGUUGACAAAUUUCCCGAAAGGAAGAUUCACUCAGCUGAAGAAUUCCCCACACAAGGCUAGUCCUAACAAGAUUAGUGUCAGCUCCCUCUGUAGAUCCCCGACUGUCAAGCUAUCUCAAGAGAGAACAGCUCUGUUCAGUGAUAAAGAGAUGGUCAAGGCUUCAGAAGAGGAGGUCAGUACUACCACAGGGGUCAAAGAGCCGAUUGAAAUAGAUCUAACCAUGGAUGGAGACACAGAGGAAGAACAGGCUCCCAUUCAGUCUGGUCAAGGAGUGGAUGAAUCGGUCGAUCAAGUCAAGGACAGGACUCUGGUAUCAGCAGCCGACAGUUCUGUUGACAACAUUCAGACCUAUGCUUUUGCUCCACCAGCUAGUACUAGUGACAUGCCUUUGAUGGAGAAAAGGUCCUUCCAGCGAAUACGUUCGAAGCAUCAGUUCACAUUUUCACCACCAGUGCAGGUGAAAUCAUCUGGACAAAGAGAUGAGGGUAGUAGUCUUGACAUCAGUAAGACAGCUGAAGCAGAUAGCACAUCAGAAAUGAAAACUGACAAUAAUGAAGUGUUUUCAUCCUUGAAUGGAAAGUUAGACAGUUCUUCAGAUGAAGGUAUAAAAGAUAAAAAGUCUAGAUGGCACAGAGGAAACUUAAGGUCCCAGAAAUUCAAAUUUUCUCCACCCUCAACAAAAAAAUCUAGUGGUAAAGUUGCAUCUUCUGAAGGAGCAGAUGGGUCUUUCCUAGACACUUCAGGUAAAGGACGAACCACAAGGACUCGUUCUCAACAGGCAAAAGAAUCGGCCAAAUCUGAAAGAUCUCAGAAAACAACAAAAUCAUCAAAGAAAUCAGCCUCUGAGGUGGAGUCCUCUACAGAAGGUUCUGAGGAUGUGCAGAUGGAGAGUUCUGAUGUUCCAGAUUCUGAGGCAAAAUCUGGACAUGAAGACAAUAACGAACUGGAGCAGAGCAAAUCUAGAAGGGGGAGAAGUAGAAGACAAAAAGUGGUCAAUGACAUAGAGAGUUCAGAUAUGGAAUCUAGGGCUUUAAGUGUAUCCCCAUCCUCAAGGAAAAUAUAUGAAAAAAAAACAAAAUCACCUUCUGUACGGAAAAAGAACAGAAAAGGAUCAAAAUCUCCCAGUGCAUCUCCACCUAGUGCAUCUCCAUUGACAAACAGAACAUCAAAGAAAGGAUCAAAAUCACCUAGUGUGUCUCCUUCAGCCAGAAGAACUUCAAAGAAAGAAUCAAAAUCCCCUAGUGCAUCUCCAUUGACAAAAAGAACAUCAAGAAAAGGAUCAAAAUCCCCUAGUGCAUCUCCAUUGACAAAAAGAACAUCAAGAAAAGGAUCAAAAUCACCUAGUGCAUCUCCUUCACAAAGAUCUAGCACUUCCAGAUCAAGUUCCCGAUCAAAGUCACAAGAAAAAAUUGAAAAUACUAAAAAGUCAACCAGAAAAAUAAAUGAAUCCAUAUCAGGAGAAGCAAUGUCUUUGGAGAACAAACCAAGUCAACAUUCCGCCAGGAGGGGAAGUUCCAGGUCGAAGUCUCCUGCUAAGGCAGAGGUACAACCAACACCAACUAGGCAUUCUGCAAGACUAAGGAGCAAGAAAUCUCUCUCACCCUCAACAACUGAUAUAUCAGCGUCAACUAACAAGUCUACAAGGGUCCGUGAAGCAGGUUCAUCAUCCAGAGAGAGAAGCAAAUCUCCAGCAAAAUCAAGUCCUGUUCAUGAAAUAAACACUAGAUCCCACUCAAAUGUUGAAGAGUCAGAGAGAGAAAUCACUCCAACACCAAGGACUAGAGGUAGAAGAAAACAGUUGAAAAGUGAGUCAUCAGAAAUAGAAGUUCCAGUACUGAGUACUCCAAGUAGAAAAACCAGAAAGAAAGAAAGUGAGGGGCAGCAGGAUGAAGUACUAAGAACACCCAGCAGAAGGGGAAGGAAGCAGCAGACAUCAGAAUCAGAGUCUGUUGUAAAGACACCCACUCCUAGCAGAAAAGGGAGGAAGGUACAGGCAAAGAUAGUGGAGCAUAAAAAAGAUUCAGAAAGUGAAGCAAAGGUCUCUGAAGAGGAAAAGAAGGGGGAGAAAGAUGAAGGGUCAGAAAUCGAGACAAAAGAAGCUGUAGCCACUCCCAGUCGGCGAGGCAGGAAGAAACAGGAAGUCACUGACAAUACAAUUGAAGAGUCAAUAAUUAAUCCAGUCUCCACACCUAGUCGACGAAGCAGGAGGAAGGCUGUGGAAAAAGACAUCAUAGAGCAGGUGGCAACUCCUAGUACACCCACCAGAAGGGGAAGAAAAAGGCCGACCAAGAAGGAGGCUCAGCCAGAGGAGGAGGAUAUAGUGCAGGAAGAUACAAGUGAAAGCAAGGUGGAGGAAGAUAGAGGAGUAGAGGAGACUGGUGGAAGCCAGGUGGAGGAGGAGAUGGAGAGUCAAUCCGUGGAGGCUGAAGAGGAACAUGGGGAGAAACUAGAUGGUGAUAUGGAUGACAACCAGGCAGCUGAAGAGGAGAAUGAAAAUAACAGUGCAGCCUCUUUAUCCUUUACAUUUGCUAACCCUGUUGAUGUUGAUCUUGAUGAAGAUUCGAAAAAAGAGCUUGAAAGUAGUUUUGAAAAGGCCAAUAACUUUUACUUUUCUCCACCCCUCACAAGAGGACUAAGUAAACGGCUGAGUAUUGAUCCAGACGGUACAACUAGUAUAUCAAGCCGACUGAGCCUAGAACCAGAUAACCUCAGUCGACCAUCCCAAAGAAGGCUCAGCCAACAGGGGCCUGAGGUCGAGCCUCCAAUACUUCUACCCACAGAUAAUGUAACCCCAAGACCCCCUAUUCAUGAAAAUCAACCUAUACCCAGGAGAAUGUCUCUACGCGGUUCAAGAAGCCAGACCCCAGAGGUUCAAGAAAAACCAAAAGUGCCUCGACGAGGGGCAUCUGAGCCCCCCGACAACCCAACUGUAGCUAAAGUCAGAAAGAGGGGAAGGAAAAAGAGGGACCCUUCGCCUGUUGAUGAUGUCAGUCUGAUUCCACCAAUCCCCGAAAAUGAGGCAGUAGAGACCCGCAGCCUCAGGUCAAAACGGGGCGCCUCAGAGGAGUCUAAUUCAUCCCAGUCCACUACCCGCCGGGGGCGCAGGAAGGCCUACAAACUCUGGUAGUACUGCAGGAGGAAUAUAAAACUCGGAAUCUGGAUCAAAUACCAAAAAUGUCAGCACUUAAGAAUUUGCUGCCAGAACCUUUUUUUAAUCAGAAUUUUGGUGAAUGGUUUAAAUUCAGUUCUAUGCUGUGUACAUUAUAUGACCAAGCAGCACUGAUGGACAAUGCAUAAUUGGGGAAAAGUCCAAAAUACAUCUAAUAGAAUUUCUUUACAUUUUGAUGCAAUGCUUGAAAGUGAUAUGUUCAAUUUGUGUGGGAGAGAACUUUAUAAUGAAAUAUUUUUGCAGAGCAAAAUAUGAAGAGUUGUAAAUUGAUAUUUGUUGUAUUUCAAAUAAAGAUAUUGUAAUAUUGA